GGCCAGCGCAGGUCAAAUGUGUUACUCCACGCGAAUCGUGAGAGCGGCUGCCCAAGGAAAGCCGCUGCCAGUGCCACGAGGAUGGUGAGCGAUUCUGUCGAUUGAGCGGAAAUGAUCCUUAGUUCCGAACCAAGUGCCAGUCCUAAUUUCUUCAGAACGCUCUGCGUCGCAUCUCCACCCUUAGUCCCCUGCGACGAGCGAUCGGCGGCCAGCCACGGUUCCGCUGUUUGUCGGCUAUGGCUCGCCUCACAGUCACUGUCCAGGGUCCUCACGUCGAGAACGAGGCUGCUGCAGACCAUCGCGAGCCUCUGCUUGCUCAACUCAGAACUCUCCCCAGAGAUGCUCCCCUUCUGACCAUCCGGGAUGAUCCCCCGUCCGAUACAGAAUGGGCCCUCCUCAGCGACCACUUCACUGGCGUGCGCGAUCUGGAGAUCGACACUGGCUUUAACGAAGACCUCAAUGACAGGAUGAUGCCCCUUCACUGGCCACUCGAUCGCCUGAUGAUCUCCGGCGCCUGCGGAGAGGUCACCAAGUCGCCGCACAUCUUACAGGGCCGAGUCAAGCACCUUAUCCUGGAUUUCACAUCUGAGCUGCGAUUCGAGGGUCCCCGGUCUGACGAGCUGACUCGCGCAUACCAAGAAGCGAUCAAUCGCGGCGAAGCCAACCACGAAUACAUACCUGGUAGCAAAAUUAAGGUGAUAUACAUAAGCCAGCUCGGGAAGCAGUGGAUAGCCCAGAAGUACGGAGACCGCUCUGCAAACGCAGAGCUCGAGCCGGAAAACCGACCCGUGGAGGGCCAGGAGAGCCGUCUACGCACGCUCGAGAUCAUCGAGAACGACGCCCUCGACACAUUCCUCCGCAUGUGCGCUGCGAUACCGCACGUCGUCGAGAAGGUCUCAACACUCAACCUGUGUUCGACCUCGGGCCGGCCCGAAUUCUCGUGGGCUGAAGAGGGCUGCUUCGCAGAGGUUCUCCCGCAGCUUACAGAUUUACAGACCUUGAAGCUCAGCGUUGGAGAGGUCUUCAACGAGGAGACAACACUCCCGGCUCUAUAUACCAGUCUCCCGCCGAAUCUCACAACGCUGCAUUUUCGCGGCCCCGUUUCGCUCUGCCGGUCGGACCGGUGGGAGGAGUGGGUGACGGCCUUUAGCUCAGACACUUUCCUCCCCAAGCUGCAGCGGCUGGCCUUUGUGCUUGACAUGGACUAUGAACAGGGGAAGUACAGUAAGGAGUUAGCAGAUGCACCGGAGGAGGAUCUCCUCCAGGCGUGGGCUGCGUGCGAACGGCUGUAUGAAGGGGCGCGACACCGAGGAAUAACCAUCGAGCCGUUGGAUGACGGACGGGCAGGCAAAGACUUGUGCUUACGGCCGGUAGACGGACGGUGGCCGAGUCCGCGACCGUGACCGGGUCCGAUUUUGGCCCCGAGUUAUCCAGGCCUGAAGCUGAAGGCUGUGCUGCUGACAGCAUCUGCCGCUGUAUUAUUUUUGUACUUGACCCACUCAUUCU